UAAGGUAUAUGAAUUGACAAAACCAAAGUAAAAAAAAUUGAAACGUACUCAGAGGAACGCUAACCUCAAAAACAAAUCUAUAGGAUAUUAUUACAAGGAGAUGGAGUGAUGUGAUGUGAUAACUCCGACCGGACCAACCUCCAAUCGUGUAAAUGACCAAGUCUGUUUCAUCUUCUUUCAUUAUAUUUCGUCUGCUAGUGUUGUCUAUAAAAUUAAAAUAUAGUAAAUAACAGUGUAAUUCUUAUAAGGUUUAACUAGAAUCAUUGAAGUCAGAAGAAAUCAUGUACAAUAACAGAAAUUUUAGAAAAUUCAGUUGGCAUACUUGGCAGAGAUUCCACCGCCAACCAGCUCCUUUUUUAGCUGUUGUGAAACUGAAGGCUGGUUACUUCAAGCAUAGCUACUGGACUCAAAGACCCAACUACCAUCCAAAAUUAUUAUUAACAAAGACACAGUAUGGCCAACCUUCAAGAGGCUAUGCAAUGUUGGUUGCACGGCUUGUCAGAGGAGUUCUUAAAAUCCGUUAUCUUGUUCUUGGUGGUACUAUAGGAGGUGGAUACACACUGCAGAAGAAAUAUGAAGAAUGGAAAGAUGGGCUCCCAGAUAUGAAGUGGCUUGAUUCAAUGUUACCAAACCAAGAUCAGGUUAAUAACUUCAAAGGGUCGAUGGCAUUAUUAACAGAGAAAAUAAAAAAUUUUGAAAUAGAUCCUCGAUUGAAAAAGGCUGUUGGAGAUUCUCAGUUUGGCUCAAUGAAAGAAUGGUUUGACAAGAGACUGGAGGAGGCUUAUACGGCGGCUGAAGAGCGAGACAAGAGUAGUUCGGGCGACGAGGGUGUAUGGCAUCAUGUUGAGAAGAUUGUGGCAGGUGCUAAGCUGGAAGGGAAUAAGCUGUAUGCUCUCUCUGCCGAUAAAUCGUGGGAGGACGCUAAGAAACGAUCUGAUGAAAAAAUAGAACAGUUGGAGAAGCAGCUGUUGGACAUGCAGAGGGAGGUCAUCAAAUUGGAGAAGGAAGCUAAAGGCCUGAGACAGCAGCUGCUACUAAAACAAGAUCCGUCUCACUCUCACAAGGUUCAGAAGUCGCUGAUAGACAUGUACUCGGAUGUGCUGGAUGAACUGUCGGGCUACGACAGCAGCUACCAGACCCAAGACCAUUUGCCGAGAGUUGUAGUGGUGGGAGACCAAAGCGCUGGCAAGACCUCUGUUCUUGAGAUGAUUGCUCAGGCCCGGAUAUUUCCCCGGGGGGCUGGGGAGAUGAUGACCAGAGCUCCAGUGAAAGUGACGCUGAGUGAGGGGCCGUACCACAUUGCCCAGUUCCGUGACUCAGAUAGAGAGUAUGACCUCACAAAGGAGAAAGAUCUGCAGGAUCUUCGGAACCAGGUGGAAAGGAGGAUGAACAACAGUGUGAGGCAGACUGGCAAGACUGUGAGCACAGAGGUCAUCUCAAUGACAGUGAAGGGUCCAGGUCUACAUCGCAUGGUACUGGUGGACCUGCCUGGCAUCAUAAGUACUGUGACGAAGGACAUGGCGAGUGACACGGCUGAGGCCAUACGCAAGAUGUCACGUCAGUACAUGGAGAACCCCAAUGCCAUCAUCCUGUGUAUUCAGGACGGCUCUGUGGAUGCUGAGCGUAGCAAUGUCACAGACCUGGUGUCUCAGAUGGAUCCUCAGGGCAAGCGGACUAUUUUUGUCCUUACAAAGGUCGACCUAGCGGAGGAGAGUCUGGCCAAUCCAGAUCGGAUACAGAAGAUCCUCUCAGGUAACUUGUUCCCCAUGAAAGCCUUGGGCUACUUUGCUGUAGUGACAGGUCGAGGCCGCAAAGAAGAUUCCAUACAAAGUAUCAAAGACUACGAGGAGCAGUUUUUCAGAACUUCAAAACUGUUUAAAAAUGUGAAGAUAACGACUCAGGUGACAACGCGGAACCUAAGCCGUGCUGUGGCUGACUGCUUCUGGAAGAUGGUAAAGGAGACAGUAGAGCAGCAGGCUGACGCGUUCAAGGCUACUCGCUUCAACUUGGAGACCGAGUGGAAGAACAAUUUUCCCAGAAUGAGGGAGUUGGAUCGCAAUGAGCUGUUCGAUAAGGCCCGAGGGGAGAUCCUAGAUGAAGUAGUUAACCUGAGCGAGGUGUCUGUCAAGACAUGGGAAGAGCUGCUAGUCAACAAGAUCUGGGACAAGGUGUCUCUCAACGUGUUUGAGAACAUUUACCUGCCCGCUGUACAGACCGGGGACCCCAAAAUGUUCAACACCACAGUGGACAUCAAGUUGCGUCAGUGGGCUGACCAAAUGCUGCCGCAGAAGUCUGUGGAGGCAGGCUGGGAAGCGUUGAGACACGAGUUCACACAUUUCAUUGAUUGUCGCAAGCGCUCCAAAGAUCAUGAUGACUUGUUUGACCAGCUCAAGCAGGCCGUCAUAGAUGAGGCCAUGUCCCGUCACAAGUGGGAGCCUAAGGCCAAUGAAGUGCUGAGGGUAAUCCAGCUAAACACUCUUGAGGAUCGCAACUGCAGAGACAAGCAUGCAUGGGAUGCAGCGGUUAAGUUCUUAGAGAACAGCGUCAAGGAGAAACUCAAUGCAACAGAGAAGGUGAUAGCAGAUUUGAUAGGUCCCAGCACUAAGGACCGGUGGCUGUACUGGAAAUAUUCCACUGAAGAAGAGAAUAAGUGCUAUGCUGUCAAACGGGAAUUAGAUAAGAUUCUAAACUCUAAUUAUAAGCACAGCAACUUGUUGUCACAAGAUGAGCUGACGACCAUACGUGAGAAUUUGUUGCGCAAUGGUGUGACAGUGAACAAUGAGUUCAUCAUCGAUACAUGGAACCCGGUGUACAGGCGACACUUCCUUAAACAGAGCCUGGCGCGUGCGUACGACUGCCGCCGUGGCUUCUACCUUUACCAUGAAGGUUUAGAGACGGAGUGUAAUGAUGUGGUGUUGUUCUGGAGGAUCGACCAGAUGUUGAAGGUGACUGCAAAUGCUCUCAGGCAGCAAGUCAUGAACAGAGAAGCCCAACGUCUUGACAAGGAAAUCAAGCAAGUCCUAGAAGAAUAUAGUCAGAACUCAGAAAUAAAGGAAAAAUUAUUAACUGGAAGAAGAGUUACCUUAGCUGAAGAACUAAAACGAGUGAAACGAAUACAAGAGAAAUUAGAAGAAUUCAUUCAAGCAUUAAAUAAGGAAAAAAUGGAUGAAAGAAGAUAAGUUUGGUCGAACUCCAAGAACUUUCUCAUAUUUCUACCACAGCCAUAGUAAUCAAUUUAUACCACAGUCAUAGUAUCCAAUUACCUUUUAAAUAUAAGACCUAUCAGUACUUUUGACAUGUCACCAGUUUAAACUUCUAAACGCUUAAUGCAGGCUGAUCUUAAUUUCAUUAUGAUCAACGUAUUUUGUAUAUAAUUUAUUUGUAAUUGUAAAGUAGCAAGCCAAAGGAUUAAAACUUUGUUUAUAAAUGUU